AUGUUCUCUCUCAAGCAAUCCGUUAUCAUUGCAUUGGCUUUGUCCACCGGCAUGGUCAACGCACUCACUGAGGAAGCCACUUGGUACACUCCCAAUAGCGGAAUCGGGGCCUACGGUGCGCCGUUGCAGAACUCCGACCACAUUGUCGCACUCUCCCAGCGACCAGUACGGUGGAGAGGCACACUGCUGAAAGCAUAUCGGUACAAGGGCAAGUUCGUAGACGCUACCAUCGAGGAUCUUUGCCCUGGUUGUGGUCAUAAUGUGAUUGAUCUUUCGUCGUCCGCACUCCAGAAGCUCGCUCCUCUCGAUGAUGGGCGUAUUGGGAUCACCUGGAACUAA